AUGGAAUAUUUUUUAAAAAAAAAAAAAAAUGUCUUGAAAGUAGUAAAUUAUGAAAAUAAUUUAAAUAAAUAUAUAGAUAUUUAUAAAAAUAGUGAAAAGAAUAUAUAUAAUAUUUAUUUGAAUAUAUAUAAAGAAUAUAAAAAAAAAGUAGAAGAGAAUACGUUAUUUUCUGGUGGUGAUGAAAAAAGUGAAAGUCUAAGAAAAAUAGAAAAAAAAAUAAAAUUAAUUAUUGAAGAAAAAGAAAUAAAUAGUAAUAAAGAUGAUAAAUCUAUUAAGAAAAGCAUUGACCUAUUAAUUUAUCCAUGUAUAUAUGAGAUAAAUAAAAAUGAAAGUUAUUAUACUUCCUCCUGUUGUUCUGGUAGAAUAGUUAUAUUUAGUGAAGUCAGAGAAAAUAAUACAAAUUCAGAAAAUAAUUUCUUUAAUCCUUUUUUAAAGAAAAAAUUAGAAAAUUAUGAAAAUAUUAAAGAUACUUUAAAUAAAAAGAGAGAAGAAGAAAUAUUUGUUAAAUAUAUGAAAACAAAUACCACAAAAAAUAAAAAAGAAGAAAAAAAAAAUAUUUCAGAUUGUGAAAAUUAUGGUUAUUUAAAAAAUAAAAUUAUAGAUAAUUAUCAAUCUCCAUUUCAUUGUAGCAAAAACAAAUUACAUAAAAAAAAUGUUCAUAUAUUUUAUUCAAGCCAUUCUCAUCAAAACUUAGAAUUCGACGUAAAUUAUAUAAGAAAAAUUCUAAUAAAAGAAAAUUUUAUAAAUGACUAUAUCUUAAGUAAAAAUUGUAGUAAUUUCAUAGAAGAUAACAAAAUAAGUACCCAAAAUAAAAUAAGGAGAAAAUGUAAAACAAAAAAUUACUACAGUAAUAGUUAUACAGAUGAUGAUAAAGUAAAGAAAAUUAUAAAAAACAAGAAAGAAAGUAACAAAAUUUUUAUAAAAUUUGAACCAUUCAUUAUUCAUAUUAAAUGCAUUGAUUUAUUAAGUGCAUUAAAAUUAUUAAAAAUAGCUCAAUAUUCUGGUUUGAAACAAAGUGGAAUUUUAAAUUUUGGUAAAAAUGUAACUGUUGCAGUAAGAGGAUCUGUACGAAUGGAACAUUUUUUAGGUAAUUCUAUUGAAAUAAAAGAAUGUAAUUUAGUUAAAUUAAUUUAUAUAUGUAAUAAUAAGAUGACUAAAAAUUUAAUGCAACUUAUACAUUUUUACGAAUGUUAUAAAAGAUUGAAUACACAAAACAAUUACAAUUUUAAUUUUCAUAAUGAAAUAUCUUAUUUAAAAUAUCAGGAUCAUUGCAAAGAGGACAAAACAUAUGUGAAGUGUACUGGAAAAGAUGAAGAAAAAUAUAAAUUAAGAAAUGGAAAUAAAGAAUAUAAAAUAAAUUUAAAAAAAAAACGAAAGAAAGAAAUAAAUUUAAAUAAAUAUAAUAUAACAUUAUCUAAAGAUAAUUAUAUAGAAAAUAAAAAUUUUAAUAUUGAUCCAAAUAAAUUAUUACAAUGGAAAAUUUUAACAAAUACCUUUGAUAUCCAUAAUUUUUUUGUAUGGGGUCAUGACAUAUUCAUAUAUAAAAAUAAAAUUUAUUUAUAUGGAGGUUUUUCAAAAGGUGUACGAAAUAAUAAAUUGAAAAUUUAUGAUAUAAUGAGUAAAGAAUUAUUAAUAUAUGAUACUGAAUUACCUUCAUUAGUUUUUCAUACCUUUUUAAAUUUAGAUGAUAAAUUUUCAUUUAUAUUUGGUGGGAGAAAAAAUCCAAAAAAUUGUACAAAUAAAUUAUGGGUAUAUAAUAUCAAAAAUAAUUCUUGGAUAUUAUCAAAAAAUUUGCAUUACUCAAAUGAUCAUAAUAAUAUAAUUUUUAAAAAUAAAAAAGUGGAAAAUAAAAAAGGGAUUGAGCAACCUUAUUCUGAUGAAGAGAAUAUUUUUAAUUUUGGAACAGAUGUACCAUGUUCAAGAUUUAGACAUUCUUGCAUAUUUGUAAAAAGAUAUUUAAAAAAAAAGAAUAAUAUAUAUAUAAUUUAUAUAUAUGGUGGUGUUAAUAAUAAAGGUGAAAUUUUAAAUGAUAUAUGGGAAGGGAAAAUAAUUAUAAAUGAAGAAAAAAAUGAAGCUUUUGUUAAAUGGACUCAAAAAAACUUCUACAAUAAAAAUGAAGCAUUUUAUAUAAAAAAUCAUACCAUGGUUUAUCAUAAAAAAAAAAAUUUUAUUUUAAUUAUUGGUGGAUAUAAAUUCCAUAAAAUUGAAAAAGAAGAAGAAAAUCCUUCUUUUAUUAAAAAUGAGUGUGAUCAAUAUAUUAAUUUCUUAGAUGGAAUUAGAAAUUUAAAUGAUAAAUAUAUGGAAUAUUUAUAUGCUUUUGAUAUAAAAAACGAUAAAUUUUUUUUUAUUAAAUGUAAAGGAGAUGAACAAUUUUCAUAUCCUUUAUCUAGAUUUUCUCAUUCAACUUGUUUAUUAGACCAAAAUUUCUUUUUUUUAAUAGGAGGAUUAGAUAUUCAUAAAACAUUAAAUGAUAUUUGGAUAUUUCAAAUAAAAAAUCAUAAAUGGUUUUAUUUGGGAAAAAUUCCUUAUUUGAAUAUGUAUAUAAGAUCAAAGGUUGUUAGUGAAAAUUAUUUCGUUUAUAUUAUUGGGGGUGGAUGUACUAUUUUCACUUUCGGAAGUUUUUUUGAUAUACCUAUUUAUGCCAAUUGCACACAAAUAAUAAACUUUUAUAAGAACUACAAAAAUUCUUUAGAGGAUUUAGAAUGUAAGGAAAUAUUCACAAAAAACAAUAUAAAUAGUAGUAGGAAAAUGGUAAAUAUGAAUGAAAGUAGUAAGUUAUGCACUGAAUACAACAUAAAUGAAUAUAAUAAAAAUAAUGAAAAUUAUAUAAAUACUAAAGAAGUUAUUGUACAAAAAAAAAAAGAUUGUGUAUUUAAAGAAGAGGUUAAAAAUUUUGCUGAAAAAAGAAACACAAGUUUUAUUAAUAAAUCAGUUAAUAAUUUUAAUGAUAAGAAGAACAUUCAAGAAAAUGGAGUUGAUAAUAAUGAGAAAUUAUUGAAUAGCUAUUUUUUUCAAAAAAAUGAAAAACCAAAAAAAAAAAAAAAAAAGAAAUCUACAAUUUAUUAUAAUAUGUCAUCAGAUCAUAAAAGUAGAAAACAAUUGUAUAUUUUUGUUAAAAAUAAGAUAUUUCUUAAAGAUAUAAAAAUAUUUUUAGAAAAUAUAGGAAACUUUGACCAUUCUCAAAAAAUUUAUUUCUCAAAUAGCCAUAUAAAUGGUAUAAAUAUUGAGGGUUAUUUUAUACCAGUUAAAAGAAAAUUUGAUAUGUAUGAAAAUUAUGAAGGUUUUAAAAAUAUAUUAGAUAAAAUUGAAAUGUGUGAUAACAGAGAAAUUUUUUACUUGGAAAAGAUUAUUGAAAGUAAUAAGGAAAAAAAUAAUUUUAAAAAUAAAUUAAGAAAUUUAUUUAAUAAAUUUGUAAAUAACAAUUUCAAAAAUUAUAUAAAUAAAAUGGAGAAACAGUUAAUAUUGAAGGCUUGCAGAAAAUAUGAAAUAAUCGGAAACAUUUUGAUAUUUCAUUACGUACACUUAGAAUCAAUAAUUAAAUUAUAUAAUAAAUAUAAAAAUUACUUAAAAAAAGAUAAACAUAGAAUGAAGAAUAAAAAAUACAAAAUAAAAUAUGUGUUACAUAAAUAUAAAUUAAGAAAUAGUGUGUUAUCUCAUAUAUUAAAUAAAUAUAAAUAUAAGCUUUUUAUAAAAGAAGUAAAACACUUUUGGAUAUCUAUAAAAAACAUUUUUAAUAAUCAUGGAAAAAAAUGUGGAGGGCAAAAAAAAAGUAUAUUUUUAAAAAGAAAUAAUACUUUCAAAAAGUUGAUAUAUUUGUCAAAAAGAAAAAUAAAAAGAAUUAUUUUUACUAGGGAAACAAAAGAAUUUUUAUUAAAAAAAUAUGUACAUAAAUAUUAUAUAGUAAAAAUAAAUUUACUUAAAAUAAAAAAUGAAGAAGAAAAUAAAAAUAAAAUAAAAUCUAUUGCAAUAUAUAAAAAGGUUGAAGGAAAAUUAAGAAGAAAUAAAAUAUAUUUAGUAUAUGGAGAAAAUUUAAAAACAGUUCAUUCAGAAAAUAAUAUUAUAUAUAAAUUAGAUUUAAGUAAAUGUAUGUUUUCUUCAGGUAAUGGUACUGAAAAGCAAAGAAUAAAGAACAUAUAUUUAAGUGGUAAUAAUUUUUUACAAAAAGAAAAUGUUGUUGAUUUAUUUUGUGGGGUUGGGUAUUUUACUUUAUCUUUACUCAAAUUUAUAGGUGAUGAAAAAAUAAAUAAUUAUUAUGCUUGUGAUAUUAAUCCAUAUUCUUUAAAAUUGUUAAAAGAUUCAAUCAAAUUAAAUAAAAUAAAAAAAAAAAACUUGCAUAUCAUAAAACAAAAUUCCUUUUCGAUUUCAAACAAUGUAAAUAUGGUAAGAAAAUGUCACAGGAUUAUUUUAGGCCUUUUACCAAAAAGUUAUAAAGCAUGGAAUAAUGCCUUUAAUCUUUUAGAUAAUAAAAAAGGAGGUAUUUUACAUAUUCAUGGUAUUGGGAAAUAUGUUUUUAAUGAUGAUUAUUUAUCUAUAAUACGCACAUCUAAUUACAAAGAUAAAAUUAAAUUUCUUAAUUUACAUUUUGUUGAAAAUUUAACAAUACCUGAGUUAAUACAGAAUUAUGAAAAUAAAGAAUGUAAUGAAAUUGGAAACAAAAUUAUUCAAACAUAUUACAAUAAAAAUAAAAUUAAAAACAUAUAUUUGGGAAAUCAUAUUCCUAUUAAUUUAGAUUUUGCUCAAUUUACAUUAUUAGAAAUUUUUAAAAUAGCUUUAAAAGAUUAUAUUUUAAAUAAAAUUAAUUGGGUGAUAACUAUUUUAAAUGUUGAGAAGGUAAAAUCUUAUGCACCACAUAUUUACCACUUUGUGGUUGAUAUCAAAUGUACCCCAGAAUUUAUUUAA